UGUUGGGGACGACCCGACCAGAAAAACUUCCUCCAGCAGAUGCAAAUUUAAAAGUUGUUCCCCAAACGUGACUUUCUCUGACAGCAUCAGGUUUCAGCUUUAAUACUCGUCUCUUUCUCACCUCUGAGACCGAUACGAGGAGGACUGAGGAGUCACUGCAGAGAGGACCAGGAGGGAACAUUAAAGACAGGUCUCUUAGAUCCUCCAGAAUCAUCGUGGACAUGGAGGGACUCAGAGCGACCCCACCCUUCAAUCAGUCUUCACCGUUCAACGACACAAACAUCAACACUUCAUGGGAUCAAGUCCAUCCCUCGGCCAGCCUUUUCAUCAUUGUGGUCUACAGUCUGGUGUUCCUGGUGGGUUCACUCCUCAACGGAUUCACCCUGAAGGUCUACUUCUGCAGCUCUCAGCGGCAGCCGUCCAGCAGCGUGACCAUCUACCUGAAGAACCUGGCGGCUGCAGACUUCCUGAUGAGCCUCUGCCUCCCCGUGCGGAUCAGCCACUUCGCCAGCAGCUCCGUCACCGUGUUCAGGGUCUACUGCAACUUUGGCGCCACCGCCUUCUACCUGAACAUGUACGCCAGCAUCCUGUUCAUGGGUUACAUCGCAGGGAACAGGUACCUGAAGAUCGUCCAUCCUUUAGGGACUCACAUCCUGCAGACGGUGCGAGCCGCUUACAUCAUCUCCACGCUCACCUGGGUUUUCCUCUUGGCCAUGACGACCACCUACGUCACCCUGUCCCUCUUCACCUCGGAGUCUCCGCCGCCCGUCUCCAACACGAUGAGCUGUGACUCGGUGCACAGCGAGAAGCUCAGCGUCUUCUACAAAGCCAUCCACACCUGCUCGGCCGUCAUCUUCAUCCUCGUCCUCGUCUCCCUCGUCUUCUUCUACUACAGCACCUCCCGCAGGCUGUCGGUGGCACAGCAGAGGCAGCCCAAGUCCUCCAGCUCCAAGAAGCUGGCCAAGUCCAGAAGGAACAUGUUGGUGCUGGUCAGCGUCUUCUGCGUCUGCUUCGUCCCGUACCACCUGGUCCGCCUGCCGUACGCUUUCCUGAAGAGGCGGGGCUCCUGGGGUCAGGCCUUCUUCUACCUGAAGGAGAUCUCCAUCCUGGUGUCGGUUCUCAACGUCUGCCUCGACCCGCUCAUCUAUUUCAUCUUCUGCAAGGCCUUCAGGGCCCAGCUGAGCUUUAGGAGGGAGUUCAGCACCGACCAGGAUUUAUCACACGGGGCGAAAGCAGAGGGGAGGAGCAGCGACGGACGGACGAGCGUCAUCCUGUUCAACAGGAAGACGUCGCUCACCAACACCAAGAUUUAUGGCGUACAGUAGGCGUGGGCUGGAUCUCUGGGAUCCAAAAUUUAAUGGUCCUCGCUGCACAGACGUCAUGUCAGCUGACCUCAGCUGACCUUUUCUGAUACAACCACAGACUGUAUGAAUAACGGACGUAGUCUCCG